AUGUUGGAAAGGGAAAAGCUUUCUGGACCAAAUUUCAAUGAUUGGUAUCGUCAGCUCCGGAUUGUUUUGGGAGCUGAGAGAAAGUACCAAGUCCUUGAAGAGCCAAGACCCGUUGCUCCUGCUGCCAACGCUUCUAAUGAAGCGUUAGCGAAAUAUGCGGCUGCAUAUGAUAGACAUAAUGAGCAAGCUGGCGUGGAGUUAUACGAUCUUAUCGAUGUACUUCAUGACUUGCGACAUGAACAGGGAACACCGGUAAGCGCUCAUAUCCUUAAGAUGAAAGGAUACUUUGAGCAGUUGGAAAGGUUGAACUUUCCUUAUGCAAAGCAAGUACAAAUUGGUCUGGUUCUCAAGUCCUUAUUUAAGGAUUUUGAAGAAUUCGGACGCAAUUAUACUAUGCAUAGCAUGGAUAAAACCGUUACGGAACUUCUUGCAAUGGCUAUUGAAUUUGAAAAGAAGUUACCAAAGAAAACUGCUACCCCCAACGUUCUCAUGAUCAAGGGGGUAAGGUCCAAAAAGGCAAACAACCGAAGGGAAAGGGCAAGGCUAACGGGGCUUAGAAGGGGAAAGAAACUGAAGCCGGGAUCUUUACAAUUGUUCGUGGGAAAUGGCCUACCUGCAGCUGUGGAAGAGAUCGGCUAUUAUCAUUUGGUUUUACCUACUGAUACAUAUAACAUCUUAGCAACCAUCCGAAAGGAAAAACUAGAGUUUGAAAAAGGUGGCUUGGAUACCACGGAUAGAUUUCGGUUCUAUUAUAUCUAA